ACUGAAGCUUAGAAAAAAGAGAAAAAAGCUUAGAAAGGAGGGGGAAAAUGAAGACAGAAGAUUCUAUAAGCAUGAAUGAAAGAGAGAAGGAAUAUUCCUCAAUGUGAGUGGACUAGACUAAUAAAUGAUGGACAGGAUGUGUAGCACGUAAGUUGUGAAGGAUCAUAUUGGAAAGAUGCUUAAAUGUUUGGUGCUUGGAAUAUAGAACUAUAAACAUCAUGGAUGGGUACAGGAAUUAGCAUAAAGAAGAAAAAGACUAUAUGUGAUAGCAUAUUUCAAGACUCUUGAACAAGUUAAUAAUAAUAAAUAUUUUUCUCCACCUAAAAAGAUGGUUUCACAGAAAGUUCAUCAUUUUAUGUGAGUGACCCAACAACCUGAUAUUACAGGGCCAGAAUACCAUGACCACUUGGAUAGAGGCGUUUAUUUCCAAGCAGAAUGUCAGCUUCCAACAUCAGUGAGGAUAGUCUCCCAGGCACACUCAUCCUGACGGGCAUCCCAGGGCUGGAGUGGGCCCAUGUCUGGAUCGCCAUCCCCUUCUGCGCCAUGUAUCUUGUAGCGCUGGCUGGGAAUGCUGCCCUCAUCCUGGUCAUUGUGACAGACAGUGCUCUUCAUGCACCCAUGUACCUCUUCCUGUGCCUUCUUUCGCUCACCGACCUGGCUCUCAGCUCCACCACGGUGCCUAAGAUGCUGUCCACUUUAUGGCUGCAUGCUGGAGAGAUUUCCUUUGGUGGAUGCCUGGCCCAAAUGUUUUGUGUCCAUUCUAUCUAUGCUCUGGAGUCCUCAGUUCUUCUAGCCAUGGCCUUUGAUCGCUACGUGGCAAUCUGCAACCCACUGAGAUACACAACUAUUCUCAACCAUAGCAUCAUAGGCAUGAUUAGCCUUGUUGGGCUAUUCCGUAGUGUGGCCAUUGUGACCCCAUUCAUCUUCUUGUUGAGGCGACUGCCUUACUGUGGUCACCAUGUCAUGGCCCACACAUACUGUGAGCACAUGGGCAUCGCUCGCCUGGCCUGUGCCAACAUCACUGUCAAUAUUGUCUAUGGGCUGACUGUGGCCCUGCUGGCCAUGGGUCUGGAUGCCAUCCUCAUUGCCAUUUCCUACGGCUUUAUCCUGCAUGCUGUCUUCCGCCUUCCAUCUCAAGAUGCCAGGCACAAGGCUCUGAGUACCUGUGGCUCCCACCUGGGGGUCAUCCUGGUCUUCUACAUCCCUGCCUUCUUCUCCUUCCUCACCCACCGCUUUGGCCAGCACCGAGUCCCCAAGAAUGUGCACAUUUUUCUGGCCAACCUGUACGUGCUGGUGCCUCCUGUGCUCAACCCGAUCAUCUAUGGGGCUAGGACCAAGGAGAUUCGGAGCCGACUUCUGAGGCUGCUUCACUUGGGGAAAAUUUCAACAUGAAAUUUGAGUACAGGCUAGGGAUAAGGAAAGUAAAUGGGUUCUGAGCUUUCUAGGUACAUUUACAUGGAUGGAGGCCUCUAAUAUGACGUAAGCGUGUUUUUAGGAGAGGAAGUAGUGGAAGCAAAGGGAAGGUCAGAUGAAUUGGAAAUACCAAAAAUCACAUUGAACACAACACAUUCUUGAGGCUCUUUGGGCAACACUGAAUAACUCAGAGAGAUGAUAAUAUUUUUACUCUUGGGGAAAUUUUACAAUUAGGAAUAAGCACACCUUGGAGAUAUCUCAGUAGCUACAAUAGUGCCCGUGCAGAAUGCUCCUGAUUUUUUUUCUUUUCCUGCAAAUAUUUCCAUGACUUACUAAAGAUCAGGUCAAUUCCUUUUCUUAAAUGAGUCUGUGUUUCAUAGUGGAAAUAUUCUUCUGUGAGUCCAAGUUUUAAAAAAUGAUCAUUUUAGGUAAAUUUGUCUGAUUUCAAUGUUUUGGAUAGUGAUGAAGAGCAAAAAGUCUAAGGUCAGAGUUUCUGGAUGUGAAUCCUGGUUCCUCUGCUUACUGUUUUUGUGGUCUUGAGCCUGAUGCUAAAUCUCUCUAUGCCUUGGUUUGUCCAACUGUCAAAUGAGUAAAUGUUAAUAUCUAACUGUUAAUGCUGUGGUGAGGAAUAAGUAAGUUAAUGAAUGCAGAAAACUUAAGACAGUGCCUGACAUGUAAAAUGGUCAACCAAUAAAUAUGAGAACGUUAUGUACACUCUGAACUUUAUUAGUCAACUUAUAACUUAUUUAGGAUGGUUUUAUAUUAUAUCAUUUACAGGAUUAUUAUGAUACCUAUAUCAAAUAACAACCCUAAAAUAUUUAGACAGGUCUUGGGAUAUGAAUAGUGCCUGUUAAAACUGUAUUUUCUCCCAUUCCUCCUCUGGUCUUCUGUUUUGAAAUCCCUUUCCUUUUAGCCAUAAAAUUAUCCCUCAUUAAGAAUUCAGAGGGGCCUUCUCAAAAUCCAAGUGCCUUUUUUAAUAACCCUCCUUUGCCCUAGUAACCUCAGUUCUAAAAUACACAAAUAAGUCACCGGUUGCUCCUUUCCAUAAUUCAAAACAUGGUUACUAUCAGCAUCUUUCAUUAAGAGCCUAUGAUUCAGAGAAGCUAAAAGUGCCAAGAUUAUGCAUCUAUAUGGACAGUAUCUCAUACCUUCUUCAGUAUGAGAUACAUGUGAGGAUGCCCAGCUGCACAAACACAUAGUAGCGGAAGUGAAGAGCUGUUAUCUUCUGAGGCAGUAAAUGGUAAAGAGACCCAGUGAUGUAAUGAUCUCAGGAACAGAGAACAAUAUAUACAAAGGAGCGGAAGGUGGGAAUGUGGAGGGGAAGUGCUGUUCUGUUCCUGAAAUGCUCCUUUGUGGGCCAUAUGCUUGCUCCCCUAAGAUGCUGGCUUCAUCUGAUCAAAAGGUCUACCUCACAAGGUAACGCUCACCAUCACGCUAAUUACCUGCCGUGAACCUCACAUUUUUCCUAGAAGAAAGAGAGAGUCAGUAACCCAGGAAGUUACUAUCAAAGGCAGGGCCAGGAUUCAGGACUUUGGACUCCCAUAGUAAUAUUGAAAAUGCAUCCAUCUGGGGGCUAGACUUACAGUACCACAGAG